UUAAUUUCGCUUUGAAAAUUAGAAUUAGUUAAUGCAUUCCUAAGGUUUGCGCUAAUUCAAAUCUAAGGUUCCUGGGAAGAUAAAUCACUGAGGUGUGAAAAAAAAACAAGGGUCGUCACCAAAAGCUGCGUAAGCAACGAGAUGGUGAGCUUAUCAACACGCAUGGUCUUGGCUUUAUGCCUUCUGGCGCUUUUAAACUCACUCAGCUUAGCGGAUUUUUCAAGCUCGCUUGGUACACGCCGUUUACGAUUAGUAAGAGGCGUGUCCAGUGAGCAAGAUUCGUAUAAUAGAUAUGUUGAUAAUCAAGAUAAUGGCGAUGAUAAUGACGAUGUUGACGAUGAAAACAGUGGAGAUGUAGAAUCUGAACUCGAACCGCUGACCGAAAAAACAGAUUUAUCUGCAUCACGUUCAUGGGCAUCAGGCUUCAUCAAAGUUAUUCAGGUCCUCGGCAAGUAUGGUGGUAAAUUGAAUAAGUUCACAACCCCGAUAGGAACUGGAGCGGCGGUUAGUACUUCCGUUGCAAACCUAAUGCACGGGUGCUGCAAGGGAAGCACCGACACCGAGUGUCAGUACCACUUCUGGUUUGAAAGCAACAGGACAAGAGUACUGGAGAUGGUAGAUGAAGCAGACAGGAAAGAACUUGAAGGCCAAAAACUCCAAGUGUAUGUCGAAGCGGUGUUUUACAGAUAUAAUGAGAUUCUCGCCGAAAUCAAUGACAUCAAUGACGCCAUGGAUGGAUUCUUGGACGCACUAGCGCCAAAUCUCAACAAAACAUUGACUGCAGCUACUGCUACUAUUAAGGGUGCUAUCCAAUCUGAUAGCGAAGGAGAAACUAGCUACCUGCAGGUCGCCAAGCAAUACGAGAAAAUCAUCCAGGAAACCGUCACCAAAUCCUUCCCUGUGAUGGAGCUGAUGAUCAGUGGAGGAGAGGACUUGUACAAGUUUGCCAAGAAGAGGAAAGCACUUGCUCUCACUUCUAAUGUCGAGAAGCUAUCGGCCAUCAAACUCAACCCCGGCUGGACUGGCACUUCGGAAAGAGCAAAGUAUGAAUUUGGUUACGCACAAGUCCCGAGGCUGGCCUUACGAGGGAGAAUGGUGAACUUCCAGAGUCAGUUGAACCCAGAUCUCGUGAAAGGACAGGCGUUUGCUAAGGGCGCUGGGGCGGCUGGUGGGGCCGCACUUGGUCUCUUUGGAACAGGAAUGAAAGUGUACGGGGUCAUCAAUUCGCAUAUGGAAUGCCAAGAGAGGAAGGAAAAAGCCCGCGAGGCAAUGCUGGAGAUGUCAAAGUGCAAAAAAAAGUUCGAAGAAAUUUUAAGGAACAUCACAGCAGCCAAGGAAGUCGUACAAAAAGCCUUUGAAACAGUUUACUCUUAUGUCACUUCUGACAAGUUUGCAAUUGUUAUGGAUCAAACAAAGAAGAUUUUAGAAAAGCUUAGCUCUCCUAAAAUGGUCGAUGUUGCUGGGAAUAUUGCUACGUUUAAAGAUCAGAUAACGGGAGCAAGAGAUGACGAGAGGAAAGUGGAAAUACUCCAGAAAGAGCUGCUCCGCAACCUGAUGCGGGUGCCACUCACUAUCCACUGCUACACCAACGAGGUGAGGUCGAUCGCAACAGUAUUGGAGGGAUGCAGAAAGGGCAGAGCCUCUUUCGACCGUCUCUUCGACCAGGCGAAAAACCUCGAAGACCCGGAUGGAGAAUGCAGCGCCGAGAUAGGGGAGAACUACAUGGAGAAGUCAAGCAUGAAGUUGACCAUAGGCAAGCAAAUGGCGAGGGAAGGGAAGCAAAAGAUGUGCCAGAUAAACAACGAGGAUUACGUGAAAGCGGUGUGCACAAUGUCAAAAGAUGAUGGAGAUACAACAGCAAAGAUUGCUCAAGAUUUGAAUAUGUCGGAGGAUGUAGUGACUGCUAUCAUUGCGAAUUGCAAGCCGACUGAACGUGAGAUAAGAAAGAUCUGUUUCUACAAAAAACGGAAAUGGACCGAUGACAAAAUCGCAAAGAAAUUUGGUUACGAGGCCGCAACCAUAUCCAAGGUGGAGUGUUGAGCAUAGGCACCACCAAGCAGGAAAAGAGGAUCGCUCGUGUCAUGAAAUGAUCAAAUAAAAGUAUCCGUUAAAUUCACCUUAAA